AUGUUACAAUUGGAUGAAAUUGAUAUGAUGGAACAAUUUCAACAUGAAGAAGCGAACGAGAAAAAAUUGCUAAGUUUUAACUUUGGCAUUUCAAGUAAAGCACAGCCUGGUAGUGAGAAUGAAAUGAGUAAGAAAGGAUCCAGUAAUAUUGAACAGAACAACGAAAUGAUGGAAAUGACGUAA